AUUUCAGCAAUCUGAGCUCUCACUCCUCCAAAGUUUUUCUCUGUUCGUCCCGCUUUGAUAUCAACCUUUGCGUCACUUCAUCCCCGCCCCCAUACACGCCGGGAGCAUAUAUGCUGCCCGAUUUUGAUACUUCUUCCGUACUGGCGACAAUCCACUUUACUCUUGACCUAGCAGCUACGACUACAUGUGGAACUCUUGGAGCUCCCAGUACGAUUCCAGGCUCGAACAAAGAAGAAUUUGCGGCCUGCUCAACAAACUGAACAUGACAAACUUUGACUCCGUUGCUACCAAGUUGAUCGAGCGUCUUACAAAUUGUAGACGGCGGGGUGGCGUAGAGACCAUCGAAACCUUUGCUGAUUCGAUUGCACUCCGUGCAGUUGAGGAUACCCAACGCUCCUCCCUCUACGCCUAUCUUUGCCGAAGAGUUGACAGAGAGCUUGAGAUGGAGGACAGGCGGUGGACAUGGCUUAACGAUGGCACACGACAAUCAUCACACCCAUCAUUCACCAGUAUUCUUGUUGACGCUUGUGAAAGCAGAUUCUCACAAGCCCUUGAUGAGCGGGCAGCACAUCUGUACCCCUUGGUCGAAUUCAUAGGGGAUUUGUUGUUGGAUGGUGUUUUGCCCAUCGCUGACGUUCAAGACCUGGUGCAACAGCUCUUCACCCUGGCGGAACAAGGCCAGGAGGGCAGUGCCAUUGCGCUGAGCAGGCUCUGUCGCAGAGUUGCUCGAGAACAAGAAGGAGUGUACAUUCUAGAGCAAUUAGGUGCUUCGGGUAGCAUCGAGAGAGUGCUGGAGGAAGAUAUCAUCACGCCAAAGGCUCGUUACCUUUUGAUGGCUGUGGUGGACUUGUUCCACCAGGAGCUUGUAGAUGUAUUUGACUCAGCAGGGCUUAGAAACGAGAUUUACAAUCUUGAUAGCGAUGAGCAGGAGGUGUCAUCAGAACUCGAUUCGGCCGCCCCAGCAGAUGUUGGUGAUUCACCUCCUUCGAAGACAACAACCUGUGAGUCGGAAGACCAAGCGGAGGUUUCCAAGCUGGGCACAGAGUGAGCGGGGGCCAACAUAUAUCCCGUAUUUGUUCCACCCUAAAGAAACAAAUGAA